AUGGCGCAGCUAUUGACUCGCCCACCACCUCAUCCAAUCGCAACCUCUCUCGGUACCAGCGUCGACGACAGAUACCACCAGCUCGGAGACGAGGACCCGGCCAGGAACAGGGACAACGUCCGGCAGGAGGUAGAGGCGCAGGCAUAUGGCCACCUGGGACGACCGGCAGCAAAUCUGCGAAUACGAGCUGCCGGCCCAGACGACCGACACGAAUAUGAAUAUCAACAGCCUCAUCGGCUGCAGCUAGCACAUCGCGAACGACACGCGGUCCACGCCGGGUCAGACUCGUCGUCAUCCUUUCGGUCAUCUUCGUCUGGUCCGCAGCACUUGCCACCAUCUAGUCCCGUGAACGUUCCGCAAGCAUCCGCCGCCGUCCCGUCCAUCCUUCACAUCACCAACACCACUACUCCCGCAACUAUCACCAGUGCCGCUCUCACAUCCAUGGGUGCAGCCGCUACAGGCUCACCAGCAUCACGACCACCGCUGCAAGCACGGCCGCCGUCUUCUGUCCCUACCCUCGAGUCUCUGCCGCCCAUUCAGCCGCUGCAAGAUUCGGACGACGACCAACUGCACGACUUUCCCUAUCACCAAUCCCCCGCAUACAGUACCGGCCGCGGCUGGCUGCCAUACACUGGCACGUAUCCUCACUCCGCCAGCACCGAAUCCUCCUUCUCCGUCGCCUCGUCACAGCCCGACAACAUGUCGAACCAACCCCCUCAACCGCCGGGACCGUCUCGUCUGCUGGGUGCUACCGGCCUUGGACACUCCAGCUCGCCGCCGUUUCCGCGGUCGUCGAAUCAGAACCAAGGCCAGAGCCACUACGCUUACCCUUCUCAUGGCGGUGGCAACACGUCUGGAGGGCCCGCCUCCCAUAUCGGCGUCGGCAUCGGCGACCUGUACCGACAGCCGUCUGUCGGCGAGCCGAUGCAUCACUCAUCCCAUCUGCCAAGUAUGCGAACCAUCGACGUGCACCAGCCGCCGCAACCGCAACUAUCGCACGGAAUGUCGUUGCCAGGACCGGCAAUGGUGCAGACGGCACCGUCCUCCUACGUAUCCAUGCUGCCGCCGCCAUACUCGAUGCCUUCGCACAACGUGCCGAUAAUCAAGUGCGACGAGACACACCCCACCUGCAACAACUGCAAGAAAUCAAAGCGCGAGUGUGCUGGUUACGACCCUGUUUUCAGGCAGCAGCCGCAGAGUCCCGGAGCUCUGCAAACGGCGACACAGUCACCAGCUUCUGUCUCCUCUGGAACUGCCGUAUACUCUUCGAUCUCCAUAUCACCUAUCGCUGCCGCUGCUGCUGCCACCGCUACUGCUGCCACCUCCAGCACUGCGUCGACGCUUGCGGCCGUAAAGUCAGCUUCUGCCGGUGUCGCACCUCCUGUGCCGUCCUCGUCCUCGUCUACGCCGACCUCUACAUCGAGCAUCUAUGCCGUUACAGCCUGCUCAGCAUCCUCUAGCAACUCUUCGCUAAACGCCGCCUCUACGGCGUAUCACCCGGCAGCCUACGUGUCUCGGUCCAUUUUGUCACCGACCCAGGACUGGAGCUACGCGCCUGAACCCACCGGAUCGGUCUACAGAGCAAAGAUGAAGGUCGAUGAGAUUAUCGGCCUAGCAGGGCCCGCUCCUCCCGUGCCAACAACACAGCCCACUCUCGAAACUCUGGACGACAUCACUAAGAUGUACUUUGAAAUUUACGUCCCUGGACUGACAACCUUCUUUGAGACAACCUGGUACAACUUCAAGUCGAACGGAACGGUCAACCCGGUGAGCAACUUGCUGAACAACAAAAAUCUUGUGGGACUGCUGUCGGCGUUCCUGAAUUCCAUCGCCCGGGUCGAGACGGCGGAUCCGAACGAUGCCAACAUGAUGGCGGCAUCAGCCCUAGAGACACGCAUUGUGUGGGCACUAGCCGCCAUGGCCUAUGUAACACCGGCCACGGUCAACCUGCCGAGCGAGGAGCCGCUUUCAACAGAUAAUGCCACUGAGGCGCGCAAUCGACUGUCCGUGAUCGAUGCGCUGCUCUCGGGAGGUUGUGUGCGAACAAACCCGUGCAUGCCGCCACCAAGAGGCGGGAAUCCUACCCGGAUUCGUGAGCACCAGUUCUGGUGGUGGUUGGCAGAAUACCUGCGGUUGCAAGAGGAUGCAGGCCUCAACAACACACCUGGCAACAGCCUGCCGAGGCUGCGCGAGCAGGCACUGGUGCGGAUGCGAAACCUGCUGGAUGGCCACGAGAAUCGCGACAUUAUCUAUUCCAUUGCCAUUCUGCGCCAUCUCGCGCCACGCUACUCGGCUUCCAGCGACAUGAUUGUCCCACCCGGCCACGAGGACGAAGCCGAUCCGCGCAUCAAGUUUGCCAUGGCGACGGAGUUCAUCCGCAAGCAGGCGCAAGACCACGGCGCCGGCUUGACCAAUGUGGGCCGACGCAUCGCCGACAUUGGCCUCAAGGCUUUUGUGCAGCCGGGUUACAGUAUCCGACGGGCAUAG